AUGAGUGAGAAAGUAUCAGAUGUGGUAACAAUUGAGUCAACUUCUGACCGGCAAAAGGAAGAGCUUCGAUGUCUUGUAAGGAGAUAUACAAAGCUCGAUGAGAAAAGUGAGGAAGGUCUUGCAAUUGCAAAACAAGUGUAUGCGGAUACUGGAUAUUACUUAGGACCUAUGACCAAAGAGAUUCCCAAGUUUGCCAUGGAUUCAAAGUAUCGAAAGAAAAGUUUAAAGAAACUUACGGGUUGUUUAGAUCGGAUGAAUCAAGAAUGGAGUGAUGCUGACUCGAAGCGUGAAUUUUAUACUGAGACGAAAUAUUCUCGUAAUGAAGACGGAUUGUUCGAGUACAUAGACACUGUCACGGGUGCACAGAUUCCAACGCGGGUGUACGAGCAACGGUAUUUGCAGUACAUUAAGGCACACGAAAUCAAUCCGGUGCUUCGUCUCUUUCCUGGUCAAGAAAUAGUGGCACGAGAAGACAAAGGGAUGGAGAAUGAUACACCCGCAUCAUCAGCAGUAUUGAAAGCGGACGAAAAUACAACGUCGCUUUUCGUGGCUACACUGGGAAUCGACAUUAGCUCAAGCUUUAUUAUCGACAAGUAUUUUUUUUCAUCCGGAGCAAGACAAGCGCCAUUGGAUAUUCAAAGAUAUAGAGGUGAGGAUAUGGCAUUUCGGGCGGCAGUGGAUAGUGCUCGGGCGGACUUAUGGCAUCGUUGGGGCAUUGCGUUCGAUCGAGUGUCUGCUGAUCGCGCAAUACAAGCUGGAAGCGGUCAUUCUGACAAGCAACUGCAGCCGACAAUAGACGUUGCAGAUCAUCGCUCAGCAACGCGAAAACGCGCACGAGAGAGGCGACGAAGUCUCGUUUUACCAAACUCGGAUGAUAUACUAUCUAUCGAGGCAAGUGUAGAAAAUAGUUCAGAAGAUGCAAAUGACACAACAUCGAGCAAAAGCGAUUCUCAUCAGCCACGACCGAAGAAGUGUCGAUCCAUGUCGCAAAAGUCAAACACAGCCCAGAAAUCUCGACGCGAAUCUCGACGUCAGAGCAUUGUUAGCCAGGUGGACUAUAGUUUAAUCGUGACAAGUGAGGCUGAGGAAAAGACGGCUGCUACGAAUUGCAGAGUACCUCAAAGCUCGCGCAAGUCUCUGUUUCCUAGACAUUCUGCUAAUGGAUAUGCUCGAGAGACCAGUUCACUAGAGAUAGUGGAAGACAAAGAUUCUGACUUGUGCCAGCUUUGCUAUAGUGAGAAAGCUCUGGUGCACAUGAACCGUUGCGACCACGCCGUUUGUUCCUCGUGCUGGUCGCGGUUGUCUCCAUCAUCUGGAAAAACUGGGAUAAGCUUGCGUCGUGUUUGUCCCUGGGAUUGCGAGGUGGUGACAAACGAAAGUGAGGAGAAAAGCUUGUAA